UUGACCACCCGGGACCGAAUUUUACCCCACCCAGAACGCGCCAAAGACAGAGAGACAGGGAGAUUGGGAUCGAAGCUCACCACAGGCGAAGAAGUUGCUCCGAGGCAAACAGACGUGGGAUCUUUGAGGAGAAGAGCGGAGUACGAGCGGGCGACCUUUGCUUGCCACAUCAGCUGCUGCAGUCUUGAGAACUUAUCUCGGGGCGGGUGUCAGGACAAGAAUUUCAGCUGCAGCCUACGGCGGGCAAGGGAAGGAGCGGCGUUACAAGCGUUCUCCGUUGUUGCAUAUCCAACCAACUGUAGCCAGACAGAGCAGCGGCAGCAGCAGCCAAGAUGUCGGAGAGGAAAGCGGUAAUCAAGAAUGCCGACAUGUCCGAAGACAUGCAACAGGAUGCGGUAGACUGCGCGUCCCAGGCUUUGGAAAAGUACAACAUUGAGAAGGACAUUGCCGCCUUCAUCAAGAAGGAGUUCGACAAGAAGUACAGCGCAACCUGGCACUGCAUUGUGGGCCGCAACUUUGGGUCCUACGUUACCCACGAGACGAAGCACUUCAUCUACUUCUACUUGGGCCAGGUGGCAGUUCUUCUCUUCAAGUCAGGAUGAGGCAGACUCACGCAAACGAGACGAGAUGAGACAAGGCAGCAGGCGCAGGCGCAGGCGAAAAGUUUUUUUGGUUUUGCGGCCGUUCUGGUGGAACCGCGCGCUCUCGGCCCGGGUGCUGCCUCCCCCCUCCUCGCAUCGAUGGGCUGAGCCGAACAUUUGUACACUAGUCCCUACGGCAACGCCCCCGCCUCGGCUAACAGCAGCCGCCGCCGCAGCAGCAGCAGGUUAGGAGGGUGGGAACAAAGCAUGGUGACAACACGUUCAAGCCAGCUAUGUGCGCACAAGCUUGGAUAGGCACGCGACUCCGCUACGCCCCCUCAGUCUGCGCCACCGGGUGGCAUUUCUGCCCUCCCUUUGUCGCGCCAAUCGCGUCCUACAGCCUUGCAAGGUAGACUCGGCAGCAGCUGUGAUUUGAGUUGCUGUUGGGUUGCUGUUGUUUUUGAUGCGGCGCGGGUGGUGUGCUAGGCGGGAUGAUGCAUCUGAGGCCGUUUUUUUUUUUUGUUGAACCCGGCGGGGUGUGCGUGGUAAUAAGGAGCAUAGCGUGCACUCCACCGCACGGCACGUUUUUUUAGGAAUGGGAUUGGCCGAUUACUAU